GGAUGCCUUUAGCGCAGUGGUUGUAAAGAAGGUAGUCCGAGGAAAAGCAAUACGUUAGUUAAAGAAAUUCUCAAAUGCGAUAGACCAAAGCAUUAUUUUGAAUGAAUAUUUCCAUUGCGGAUGCCAUGGUAUCCAGUCUCAUUGUGACGUUCAAUUAUAUUUACAUGCUGGACAACGAUUGGCCUUUCGGUGAAAUAUAUUGCAAAAUAUCGCAAUUUAUAGCGACGCUGAGCAUAAGCGCUUCGGUGUUUACACUAAUGGCGAUAUCCAUCGACAGGUAUGUUGCCAUUAUGAAGCCGUUGAAGCCACGCAUGAGUAAGCGGUGCAAUCUGGGCAUUGCCGCCUUCAUUUGGAUAGCCUCAAUUGCGAUUUCAUGCUCCAUGUUGUUCUUCUUUACAACCGGCGAAGUCGAACGGAAAGAUGGUACCCGAAUUGUAUGCUACGCCGAGUGGCCUGAUGGUCCCACGAAUCACUCCCAACAGGAAAAUGUUUAUAAUAUCGUUUUUAUGAUUCUCACGUAUAUACUGCCCAUCAUUUCGAUGACGGUCACUUAUUCACGAGUCGGCAUUGAACUUUGGGACUCAAAGACGAUCGGAGAGUAUACGCCCAGACAGGUGGAGAAUGUUCGGAGAACGCGGAGGGUGGUGAAAAUGAUGACAGGAUGAUGGUUAUGGUGCUGAUAUUUGCCGUUUGUUGGUUGCCCUUUCACAUCUAUUUCAUAGUCACAUCAUGUUAUCCGGCGCCGACACAGAUUCCUUUCAUUCAGGAGGUCUAUUUAGGCAUCUAUUGGCUGGCCAUGAGUAACUGCAUGUACAGUCCGAUUAUCUGCUGCUGGAUGAACCCAAGUUUCAGGAAUAACACAUGAUUAUAUAUCAAUUACGAAUUAAAAUUCGAAUGCACUCUUUUACUGUUCCGAAUUCAUCACUGCGUUAAUAGUCGCCAGCUUACAUCAUCACCGACCUGUUAGAUAAUCAAGGUAUUUGGACACUGCGCAGUACUUUAAGAGAGGCAACAUCGCAUUAUAGGUAAUCUUUAUUUCUGUGAUAUUAGAUAUAUGUAGCUACAGUAUAUACCUUAAAUAUUUUAUAUAUUGAGAAAAGAUAAUGUCAAAUAGUGGUAAGCUUUUAUUGUUAAUAUUAUUCUAAAACUUAUUUAAAUUAAAAUUGUUUUUAUGUAAUACCGAUAUUUUAAUAUAAUGAUACAUUUACCAUUUUGAAAUAUUCAACGGUUAAUUCUGUAUAGAAAUAAAUAAAAUACAUACUAUAUGUAUGCUACAAUA